CCGAUAUAAGUUAAAAUUUAUUUUAUUCAAAGUCGAUUCUUCAAACUACCAGACCAGACGGAUAAUCCGCCAUUGGAGGUUUUUUCUUUGGUACUCCGAAAAUCAAAUUCUAGCGACCGACAAUCCUAAUUCUAUUCUAUUCUCCUUCGUCAAUCUUCAACUUGAAGUAAAUAAUAGCAAAUCCGCCAUGGCGGACCAAACGAACGGCGUCACCCUAAACGAAAACCAGCGCGUCCAUAAGGAAGAAACGCUCUAUGAUGUUCUCCACCGUUCGGUUUCGAUGAUCUUACCCGAUGCAUCGUCGACGGAAUCAGCCCCGUUGCUGCAGCGGAUCAAGAUAUCCGUUUCCGAGAACGGGCCUCGUCUCGGCGAAGCCUCUAGAAACACUGGCCAAACCCUCCUGCGGUGGACUCGUCGAGGCAGCCCCCUCCGUGCUCUCCUCGUCAUUUCUAUUGGGUCCGUUGCUUUUCUUGCAUUGACAGGGUUGCUUAUCUUUAUGCUUAUAUUUCUGGUAGCGACCGUCAAUGCCAUUAUUGUCUCUCUUCUCAUCUCUUUGGCAGCUGCGGGAGGCUUCUUGUUCUUUUCCCUUGCAUGUGUAACAGCUAUUUAUAUUGGGGCCAUGUCAAUUGCUGCAUUCGUUAUUUCUAUUGCGACGAUUUCAGCAAUUUUUGCUGCUAUGAUAGCUGCAGGUUGGGUUGGAUUCUUUUGGGCCAUAUGGUUGGGUACUAGGAAAAGUGUGGGAUUUGCCAAGCAGUCAUUGAGCAAGACUGGAUCAGUUGUUUCAGCUUACUUUUCUGCAGAGCAUGCCCGUAUUGACUAACUGGAACACUACACGACUGGAAGUAAGUGGACAGAGUUUCAGAUUCAAAUGCUUUUGUCUUUUAAGAAAUCCUAGAUGCUUCAGUAUAUGUAUAAUUUUUAUCUUGUGCUUAUGUUUUUGACCAUUUUGGUGCUUGUAUAUGCGGGUGAGAUGGUGUUGCUUGUUCAUAGAUUAGAUUGAGAAAUAUGAAGAUGUUUGGAUCCAA